AUGGCCUGCAUAGCUUUUGGCCAUGAUUUUUUCCUCAUUAGGUUCUCGCUUAAGGAAGAUCAUUUGAGGGUGCUGAGGAAUGGCCCAUGGUUUGUGGGUGGGCAUUAUCUCUCCAUCAGACGGUGGGAGGUCAACUUUAAACCGUCAUUAGCAAAUCUUUCUGCAGUAGCGGUUUGGAUUCGCCUUCCGGAAUUACCCAUAGAAUACUAUGAAGAAUCAGUUUUUCGAGAUAUUGGGAGAGCCAUAGGGCCAGUUCUCAGAGUUGACACUUAUACUACAUUGGAGGUCAGGGGGAAGUUUGCACAGCUUUGUGUGCAAGUGAACCUUGAUGAACCCAUUGUGAAGACUAUCGAGGUCGGUGGGAUCAAGCAGAUAGUUCAAUAUGAGGGUAUUAGCUCCCUCUGCUUCUCAUGUGGUAGAGUGGGGCACAAAGCUGAAGGUUGCCCUUACAAGGUCCAACGGCCGGUGCAGGCCCAGGAAGAAGUCGGAACAGAGAAUCAAACAUGCACGAGCAAGUCUACAGCUCAAGCCGGACCUGACGAAAGUCAGUUUGGCCCCUGGGUUCUUGUUGCACGUAAAAGGAAACUAGGAAAUAAGGGAAGUAAAGUAUUAGAUUCUCAAGCCCAAACUAGCAUGGCUGACCAAAGUCUAAUAAAGCCCAACAGUACAUUGAGCCUAACAACGGGCUCUGUUUUCUCUGGCCUAGACACAAACAAAAAACCCCUACUCACCUUUAGUUGA